AUGCCUCCCGUCGCCAAGCCUUCGUCGAACCACUAUGACAUGGUUGUCAUUGGUGGUGGAUCCGGUGCGAUGGGUGUCUCGCGCCGUGCUGCUGCUUACGGCAAGAAAGUCGUCGUCAUCGAGGAGGACGGUCGUCUCGGUGGUACCUGCGUCAACGUCGGCUGUGUGCCCAAGAAGCUCAUGUGGCACGCUGCCGACAUCGGUGAGCACCUCAAGGAGGCGCCCGAGUACGGAUUUGGCGAUGUGGUCGAUAAGCCCAAAGUGCCCGGUUUCUCGUGGAAGUACUUUGCCGAGAAGCGUGAUGCGUACGUGCGCAGGCUCAACGGCAUCUACGACCACAACCUCGACAAGGACGGCGUCGAGUAUCUGUCCGGCCACGGAAAGUUGACGGGCAAGAACGAGGUGGAGGUCACCCUGCGUGGCGAGGACGGCUCGUUCAACGCGGGUACUUACAAGGUGACGGGCGAUCGUGUCGUCAUCGCCACCGGGGGACGGCCCAUCAUCCCCUCGGACGACAAGAUCCCCGGCGCCUCGCUGGGAAUCAACUCGGACGGCUUCUUCGAGCUGCGCGAACAGCCUAAGCGCGUCGUUGUCGUCGGCGCCGGCUACAUCGCUGUCGAGCUCGCUGGUAUCUUCAACACGCUCGGCUCCGAGACGCACCUGCUCAUCCGCCACGAUACCUUCUUGCGUCCGUUUGACCCGAUCAUCUCGGAAACGCUGCAGGACUACAUGUCCAAGACGGGACUCAACCACGAUCGAGGCUGA